AAGUUAGAGCUUCCUGCUGGGUGGAAGGGGAGCAUGAGGAUAAAAAGGAUGCAAAAGGCUGGGCCAGGCACAAUACUCUGGAACCCGAACUCCUGAAGCCUCUUCUUCCAUCCUGAACCAGCACCUCCCACAGCUUUCUCUCUCUCUCCCAGCUAUGAGCUUCCUUCCCGGCAGCGCCAUCCAAUGCCUCCGCCCUCCUGGCUCGCUGUGCUUGCUGCUGGCGCUGCUGCUACUAGCGCAGGGACCCCUGGCCAGCGCUGGUCCUGUCGUGUUCAUAGCGAGAGAGCUGCGUUGUGUAUGUUUAACCACCACACCAGGGAUUCAUCCCAGAAUGAUCACUAAUUUGCAAGUGAUCGCUGCAGGGCCCCAGUGCGACAAGGUGGAAGUGCUUGCCACCGUGAAGAAUCAUAAGAAACCGGUGUGUCUGGACCCAGAAGCCCCGUUCAUCAAGAAAGUCGUCCAGAAAAUUUUGGACAGUGAAAGCAAGAAAACAAGAAAAGGCAAUUAAAAACAAGGGUCGUGUGGAAAACUUUAGAAGAGCCAUUUCCUGACAUCUCUAUCUACCCAGUGGAAUCAAAAUACAAGGACUGAUUUUCUUCAGUGUUAUUUGGGCGUAUUCAUGAAUGUUCCAGCUUGAGAAAGGGGUAGAGGAAAUGCACUCUGUUGGUCUCUGAAACUCUGCUUAGCUAUGAAGUAUUUAGCACAGUAUUUCUUGCUGUUAUUUUAUCUGCUACGCUUAAAAUCUUUAUAAAGUGACUAAAUUGUGAGUUGACAAUUAGCCACUGUUAAUCUUUCAAAAGUUCCUGUUUAAAAGAUAAGGUAAAGUAUAUUGAUUAUAUUACUGAAAAGGUGUGCACUUAGUAUGUAAAAAGAUAUUUUUAUCAGAAUGCUGUAUAUGGGGAUUGACAUCUUCACUAUUUAUGUGAAAUAGUAAUGACUUCAUAGCAUUUCUUGGGGAUUAUAUUAGAGAACUUUGUAAUCCUUGACCUUGGGAUACUAUGUAAGUUAUAUUACAUUACAAGUCUGGAUACAUCAUAAAUAUAUAUAUAUA